CGUGCACACAUAGUCACGUGAAGUUGUGUUUAUCCGGGAGUUUGCAGUUGUCCAACGCAUGAACAUCAUGACAGACAGCGAAGAAAUGACAACUGUAACCGAGGAGGAAGAAAGCAGCGUUACUGAUGACCCUUUAGAUGACUCGGUUGUGGAAGACGCCGGUGGUGAUGGGGACGAAGAGGAAGAGGAAGACAUAGAAGAUCCACAAGAAAUUAUAAGGGAAAAGUGUCGAGAGACGAAGAAAUGCGCAUCUCUACGAGAUAAAUUGAACACUUGUAACGAGCGGGUGCUGAGUCGGAAACGCACUGAAGAGACAUGCGAGGAGGAGUUAUUCGAUUUCGUUCACUGCGUAGAUCAUUGUGUUGCCAAGACGUUGUUUUCCAAGCUCAAGUGAUGACUGUCUCUCUUAGCCCUAUUUAUGUAGUCACACAGAAGCUAGGAUGUUGGCGAUUUGAGACUAGGUGAAAACGGAUACGUUGGAGUAGUAUUGUACCUAAUGUCUGUAAAUGGAUCAUAUCAUGUAUGAGUACACACACAUGAAUGGUGCUCUGAUUUGAUGUACAUCUCUUUAUAAUCGAA